AUUCAGUGAUAAAGUAAAAUUCGUGCGCGUCGGUUCACCUACACUUCGUGUCGCCAGAGAAAGCCUUUCUCCUGGCUUUCUCUCUGAGCUCUCCUUUUGCGCUCGGCUCCGAAAUCCGAAGUCCGGAAUUUGGACUCCGGCUCAAGCGCCGAAUCGCCGAGCUUGGCUCACGGAAAACCAACUGAGUUGUGCGAAACUAAGUCAAAACAAUUGAUGUGAAUUCUCGCGGCACAACUUGAUAUUAGAUAAAUGAAAUAAUUCGCGCCGCUGGCACUUUGAACUCGUAAUCAGGUCGCAAGCAUAUUCACGGUUUUUUGUGUAGUAACCACAGGAAUUCAAAUUCAUAUUCGUUGAGAUUCUCGCAAUGCGGCUAAUUGGAUUUAUUCUGAAUUUGGCAGCCCUAACAGCUGUCGCCUGGGCCAACCACCAUGAGAGCCUUUCCCUCAGUCCGGCGGAGCACAGCGUGGUGCGGUACACAAACGAAUCCCUCAUCGUCCAGUGCCGCAGUCCCGAUCCCAAAGUGGAGCUCCAUUGGAAAUCGCCGAAAGGCGAAAUUAUACGCGAGCACAAAGGACGCAUUCACAUUGAGCAAACAUCGACAGAACAAUUGAAAAUCGUUUUCGCCCACAUCGCACUGGCCGACAAGGGCAAUUGGAGCUGCGAAGCUGCUGAUGGAAGUCUGCAUAGUAAAUCCUUCGAUUUGAUUGUGUACCAGAAAAUUACAUUCACGGAAAAUGCCACCGUGAUGACGGUCAAGGAGGGCGAGAAGGCCACCAUCCUGUGCGAGGUGAAGGGCGAGCCCCAGCCGAAUGUCACCUGGCACUUCAAUGGACAGCCCAUCAGUGCCGGCGCGGCCGACGACUCCAAGUUCCGCAUCCUGGCCGAUGGUUUGCUCAUCAACAAGGUAACACAGAAUGACACCGGCGAGUACGCGUGCCGGGCAUACCAAGUCAACUCGAUUGCUUCCGAUAUGCAGGAGCGCACCGUUUUGAUGAAAAUCGAACACAAGCCCAUUUGGUCCAAGACUCCAUUUGUUAGUCUAAAGUACGCCUACAUAAACGGAACUGCGACUCUUAUGUGCGAGGCACUGGCGGAACCUCCAGCGAAUUUUACAUGGUAUCGCAAACACAACAAGCUGCACAGCAACAACAGACUGUACACGAUCCAGUCGGACAGCUACUGGUCGAGUCUGACCAUCCAUGUGCUGAACACCAGCGCCUUCGAUAACUACAGGUGUCGCGCCAGGAACGAUCUGGGCACCAUCGAGAGGACCACGCGACUGGAGCAGGGCGAGAAGCCUCCGUCACCGGCCAACUUCCAGCUGCGUGGCUUCAAUUCAAACACCUUCGAUGUGGUACUGAGUGCUCCACGAGGUCCUCCCGACAGUCCCAUGGGGGUCAAUGGAUUCCGCAUCGAGUACAUGACCGAAAUGGAGUUCAAGACGGAUGCGGGCAAGUGGACCAAUGCCAGGCGGAAGGAUUAUGCUUUCGAGGAGGGGGCUACCUUCCUUCUGACGAACUUAGAGCCAGAUACCGUUUACCUGGUGCGGGCCGCAUCACGGAAUCUGGCCGGAUUCAGUGACUUCACCAAGGUGGAGAAGUACAAGACACUUUCGCUGGAGCCCCGAGUCUCUUCGGGAGUCAAGGAGACCAGAAAUAUGUGCGUGGAACUGGGUGUGAUGACACUAAUGGUCCUGAUGCGGCCGUUCCUGGGAUGAAUCUGAAUCUGCAGGCGGAUGAAGGAUGACAGGUGAUGCACCUAGCGGAACCGGAAACCAGGACCUUAAACCCCAUGUGCUUUGUAUAGCUAUAAGGCGUGUCCACACGGCGACACUUUUCUGUCUGAUUUGCUCGGUCUAAGUAAUUUGGUUUACUCUUAAGUUCAGUGCGUUAAUGUAACCUUAAAGAAUGUUAAGUUUAGUAAGAAUUUCUAUUACGCUUUCAGUGCUUCGAUUUGAAUGAUAUUAGUGGAUCACUUAUAGGAUAUUUAUAUGUAUUUAAACAAAUCCUCAUAGCAGUUAGACAUAAUCAAUGGUUUGCUGGCCUUGGCUCCCCAAAAUUAUGCAAAACUAAAGCUUUGCUCAACAUUCCAGUAUAUAUUUUAACGUGAAUUGGAAGUUUUCCCUGCAACUUUGCAUCUCGUUGCCAAAUCUUUAAGAUAUAAUCAGACAGUUGCCAAAACUAAAAAAGUACAUUAGUUUAGUAUAUACAAACAAAUGCCUUCCGUCAUUCGAUAUAACUAACAAUCUUUUCAACUAAACUACAUAAAUAUAUAAAGUUUUGGAAUACCAUUAAACGCAUCAAACAAUUAAUAUAAAUAUCAAGGAGCUUAACGACAGCAUUUAAAAGUUUUAUAUGUCACAUAAUUCUUUUUAAUAGUCAAAGGCCAAUAAAAACAAUUCCACGUGUAAAUUUCCAGGGCUAAAAAAUACAGAAUAAAAUAUAGAUGUAAAAAUAAGUUUAAACACUUUGCCACAAUACAAAUAUUAUGCAAACGAGAGAAAAACAAACACAUAUUUUACAAAAGUUAUUUAUAUUCAAUAAAAUUAAAUGUAUUUCAGCUAAAGUGGUGUAAAAUCUAAACCAUAAUACCUAGCCAAAGAUUUAAUAUUUUCCAACUUUCGUUUGCCAAUUGUGUGUGAGCCAUAAUAAAAGUUAUGAAUAUCAAACCAG